GCGAAGCCAAGAAGUCUCUUUAUUGACGCCUACCUCCCAGCCGCUGGCUCUUGCCGCCGAGAAGGGCUGCAAGGAGGAGAGGCAGAGCGAGAGAGCGGGCGCGCAUCGAAGCCCUCGGGCUGCCGCCCCACUUCUCCAGAGCCCCGUUUCUGGCCAGAAGAACCGCGGGAAGAAAGAGUUUGGAGUCCCGCCGAGCGGCGGCUCCCUCGCCCGCCCCGCGCCGCCAGCCCCGAGCUCGCAAACGGUUAACGGCGUGCCCGGCUGCGAACUCCGCCGUGAAUGUUAAUUGAGGCGAAGGGGGACAGCCAAGCGGUGGCAGGAUGGUGUCGCCGGGCGCUCCGGCUGCCGCUCUCCCCCCCGCUUCCCGCUGAGGCGGCUUCGCGCCGGCCCGAUGGGGCUGCGCUGCUUUUGAGGCGCCCGCCCGGGAAGUUGCGGGAGGGCGCUGCGGCGGGCCAGCGAGAGGUGCAGGAGGCUCCGUCGGGGCGCCGGUCGAGGAGCGGGCUGGGCGCGGAGGAGCCGCUCGGAGCGGGCCUUGCCGAUCGCAUCAGCCGUGCAGAAGCUGUCGGAUGACCAUGAAGCUCUGGAUAAUUAUCUUCUGUUUGACGGGAAUUGCCUGCGAUGUGCUACAAUCCGAACCAGCUUUACCGUCAGCCAUUGGCUCCUGUGAAAUGUUGUGUUCGUGUGAGGAAAAGGAUGGCAUCUUUAUAAUAAACUGUGAAGAAAGAGGCAUCAAGGAAUUAUCUCAAGUACACAUUCCACCAUCCCGGCCUUUUCACCUUAGUCUUCUAAACAAUGGCUUGACCAUGUUACACAUGAAUGAUUUCUCCAGCUUUAUCAAUGCUCUCUCACUCCACCUUGGAUUUAAUAAUAUCGUAGACAUCGAACCCGGAGCAUUUAAUGGUUUGAGCCUCCUUAAGCAACUUCACAUCAAUCACAACUCUAUAGAAAUACUGAAAGAGGAUACAUUUCAUGGGCUGGAAAACUUGGAAUUCCUUCAAGCGGACAACAAUUUCAUCACAAUCAUUGAACCGAGUGCCUUCAGCAAGCUCAACAGGCUUAAGGUGCUUAUUUUAAACGAUAAUGCCAUUGAGUUUCUCCCUCCGAAUAUUUUCCGCUUUGUGCCAUUAACUCACUUGGAUCUUCGCGGGAAUCAGCUCCAGACUUUGCCCUAUGUUGGUUUCUUAGAACAUAUUGGUAGAAUUCUAGACCUUCAGUUGGAAGACAACAAAUGGGUCUGUAAUUGUGACCUACUAGAGUUGAAGGUAUGGUUAGAAAAUAUGCCUCCCCAGUCCAUCAUAGGUGACGUUGUAUGCCAUAGCCCUCCCAUUCUGAAAGGUAGUGUUUUAAGCAGAUUGAAAAAGGAAUCGCUUUGUCCCACUCACCCUACCAAUGAUCUUGACUCUCCUUCAGGGUCAUUGCCCUUGGUGGUUACCACCUCAGUAAGUGAUAGUCAUUUCUCAACCAAGGUGAUACCUAUUCUUAAAGCUCCAACCAAGGAAUCUAGCUUAAUCCUCCAUGUCACAAAGCCAGCUACUUUGCUCCCUGGGAUUUAUUGCCCUGCCCCCUGUCAGUGUACCAGCCAUAUCCUUGCAGGGGUUUUAAUGCAAUGUCGAGAACAAAACAUUGAGAGCUUGUCCGAUUUAGGUCCUCCUCCUCCAAAUCCUAAAAAGCUUAUUCUGUUAGGGAAUAUUAUUCAGACCUUACUCAAAUCAGACCUUGUGGACUAUGGGAGUCUAGAAAUGCUUCAUUUGGGAAACAACCGCAUAGAAAUCCUAGAAGAAGGGUCCUUUCAAAAUCUCACCAAAUUGCAAAAAUUAUAUCUCAAUGGCAAUCAUCUCACAAAGCUCAAUCGCAAUUUGUUUUGGGGCCUGCAGCGACUUGAGUAUUUGUAUCUUGAAUACAAUGCCAUCAAGGAGAUAUUACCAGGGACAUUUAAUCCAAUGCCUAAACUGAAGGUCCUCUAUUUAAACAAUAAUCUUCUUCAGACUUUGCCAGCCCAUAUUUUUUCCGGAGUUCCUCUAACUAGGCUCAAUCUGAAAACCAACCAAUUUGCACAUCUGCCUGCAGGGAAUGUCUUGGAUGAUCUGGAUCUACUGGUACAAAUUGAGCUGGAAGACAACCCGUGGGAUUGUACUUGCAACUCGGUUGGAUUGCAGCAGUGGAUACAAAAGCUGAAUAAAAAUACAAUGACAGGCGAGGUUUUCUGUACAUCUCCAAAACAUUUAGCUAAAAAGGAACUAAGAUCUCUGAGCAGUGACAUCUUAUGUCCUGACUUAAUAAACAGCCCAGCCCUCCCGACUCAUGCUAGUUUCAUAAUCGUUACAACGGCAUCAACCACCACCAACACAGCGGACACAAUUCUGAGAUCGCUAACCGAUGCUGUCCCUCUCUCUGUUUUAAUCCUGGGGCUCUUUGUGGUGUUGAUAAUGAUCAUUUUUUGUGCAGCAGGCAUCAUCGUUCUUGUUUUACACCGACGGAGAAGACACAAAAAGAAGCAGGCUGAUGAGCAGAUGCGGGACAACAGCCCGGUGCAGCUUCAGUACAGCAUGUAUGGCCACAAGACAACUCAUCACACCAGUGAGCGCCCAUCCACAACUUUGUAUGAACAGCAUAUGAUCAGCCCCAUGGUUCAAGUUUAUCGAAGUCCAUCUUUCAGCCCCAAAUGUGCAGAUCAUCAUAAGGAGGAGAGGAACGAGAAGGACUUGAACAAUUCUAAACACCUCCGCAGAGGACUCUUAGAAAAGGAACACUCCUCUCCCCUGACAGGGUCAAAUGUCAAAUACAAAGCUACGGACCAGUCGGCUGAGUUCCUUUCUUUCCAGGAUGCAAGCACUUUGUACAGGAACAUUCUUGAAAAGGAAAGGGAAUUCCAACAACUUGGGAUAACAGAGUAUCUGCGGAAAAACAUUGCGCAGCUACACCCCGAUAUGGAAGUACGUUAUCCAGGAGCUCACGAAGAGCUCAAAUUGAUGGAGACACUCAUGUACUCUAGGCCCAGAAAGGUUUUGUUAGAACAGACUAAAAAUGAGUAUUUUGAGCUCAAAGCCAACCUGCAUGCUGAACCUGAUUACCUGGAGGUUUUGGAACAGCAAACAUAAUUAAAAGAAACCUUGGGGGGGGGGGAGGGAUUAUAACAAAAACUCAUAAUGCUAUCUUAAGUCGGAACUGUGUAAAUAAAAGUGCCUUAUAAUAAUGUGUCACCAAUCAGAACUUUUAAGCACAGCAGUAAUCCUAGUGGAAAAAAAGGAACUCUCAGGGAUAACUGUGUGAAGCCAUGGAAAGGUUACAGGCGAUACGUCUCUCCCCCACAUUAAAUGUGAACAUUGUGUUACUGGACAUUGAGAAAGUUCAGUCUGCCAUAUUCUUCCAAACUUUGCGUGGCAGUCCAUUAUGUUCCUCAAAGCAAAGAUAAAACAUUGUUUACUUCUAUUCCCUUCUUUCUUCAUUGAACUGCAUAAUGCUCUAUGCACCUGUUUACAAGGUUAGUGUACAUUUGGCUAGGAAUUAGUCCACCUCUAUGAACAUUGUCUACAAAUGCUACAUGACAUUCCCACAUCAUAAAUAAAAGAGAACGUAUAUGUUUUUUUAAUAUAUA